AUGCUUCAUGAACAUGGCAGCCGGCGGCGCCAAUCACGGCUCUAUACUCCUUAUAUCACCACAUGGCUUGCAAUACUGAUGCUCCCAUGGCGGUCUCUCUGUUCGCCGGAGAAGACUGCCGCCGACUAUUUUGUGAAAGCAUUGCCAGGCGCCCCAGAUGGACCUCUGCUCAAAAUGCACGCUGGGCACGUAGAAGUCACACCAGAAACAAACGGCAAUCUAUGGUUUUGGCACUUUCAAACUCGUCACCAAGCAAACCGCCAGCGAACCGUGAUAUGGUUUAAUGGCGGACCUGGCUGCAGCUCAAUGGACGGCGCUUUGAUGGAGAUCGGACCUUACAGACUCAAGGAUGAGAAGAGUUUGAGAUAUAAUGACGGAUCAUGGGACGAGUUUGCAAAUGUAUUAUUCAUCGACAAUCCAGUUGGGACAGGCUACAGCUACGUAAACACGGACAGCUACGUACACGAUCUACCCGAAAUGGCGGAUCAAGUCAUCACCUUUCUCGAGAAGUUCUUCCAGCUUUUUCCAGAGUAUGAAGAUGAUGAUCUCUAUAUGGCCGGAGAAUCAUACGCUGGCCAGCACAUACCAUACAUAGCAGAUGCAAUGCUUAAGCGCAAUGAGAAGUCUCAAAAACCAUGGAAUCUCACUGGUCUGCUCAUAGGAAAUGGCUGGAUAUCCCCCGUUGAGCAGUACGAUUCGUACAUGACAAAGGCUCUCCAGUCCGGACUAAUUAAAGAAGGGUCGAAAGAAGCGGAAGAGCUUGAACAGCACGACAAGAGGUGUAAAGACGCUCUAGAUGCGCCAGGCGGCAAAGAUUCUGUUGACCUGCCAAUCUGUGAAGCAGUGCUGCAGGCCAUACUACGUCUGUCAGAAAAAGACGGACGCUGUCCAAACAUGUACGACGUCCGGCUAGAUGACGAAUUCCCGAGCUGUGGCAUGGCCUGGCCUCCUGAUUUGACAAAUGUGAAACCUUACCUACGUCUCCCAGAGGUGAUAAAAGCAUUAAAUGUCAACCCUGACAAACAGACUGGCUGGUCCGAAUGCGCAGGAGCCGUCAGUCUUUCAUUCAACCCCAAAGCCAAACCCUCGAUCUCCCUGUUACCUCAGCUUAUCGAGAAAGGUGUGCGAACAAUCCUCUUUUCCGGAGAUCAGGACUUGAUUUGCAACCACAUUGGCACCGAAGAAAUGAUACAUAACAUGAAAUGGAAUGGAGGACAGGGUUUCGAACUUUCCCCCGGCACCUGGGCCCCUCGCCGAGACUGGACCUUCGAAGGCGACCCUGCAGGUAUCUAUCAAGAAGCACGCAACCUCACCUACAUCAAGUUCUACAACUCCUCGCAUAUGGUGCCCUUUGACUAUCCUCGACGGACACGAGAUAUGCUUGACCGCUUUCUAGGCGUUGACAUAGCAAGCAUAGGUGGUAAGCCAACAGAUUCUCGCAUUGAUGGUGCAAAAGGCGUAGAAACGAGUGUUGGUGGGCAUCCAAACAGUACAUCGGCAGAGAAGGAGGAGGAAAAGAAACUUGAAGACGCCAAGUGGGAAGCCUAUUACAAGUCCGGUGAAGUGGCGCUGGUUGUGGUCAUUAUCCUCGCGGUGGCAUUCGGAUGGUAUGUAUGGCGGGAUAGAAGACGACGGGCUGGUUAUGAAGGUCUUUUUGAAGGCUCCAAUGGGUCGUUACUGAGACGAAAGCCGCCAGGGCGAGAUGUGGAGGCGGCAGAUUUCGACGAGGCGGAGCUUGAUGAGCUACACGUGACAAGCCCGGCUGAUGAUGACGAGCAUUAUGGCCUGGCCGAUGCAAGCAGUGAUGACGAGGAAGAGAAGACUCAUCUUAAUGGUCAUAUGAAGCGCUAUUCAGAUGCAGACGGGGAUAUUGGACAGAAAGGUCCGACGUGA